UGAGGCACCGAGAGGUUCCCGGAGGGCCCCGCGGCGCUCCGCGUGACGUCACGCCGGGAGAAAGCUCUGAUUGGCCGCCGGGGCCUGGCGCCACACGUCGCCGCCUGCGAUUGGCCGCCCGUGAGGCGCGGGCAUGGGGGAGCCGCGGCGCGCCGUGCGGCGGUACCGCUUCGUGGGGGAAGCGGCGGGAGGAGAGGAGUGCGCGGUGCUGGCGCUGCGCGUCCCCGAGCCGUGUGUUUCAGGUGCUGGACCCGCAGUAUGGCAUGUACGCGUGGCCCUGCGCCGUGGUGCUGGCUCAGUACGUGUGGUUUCACAGGAGAACCCUGCCCGGCCGCAGAGUGCUGGAGAUCGGUGCAGGUGUCAGCCUACCCGGAAUAGUGGCUGCCAAGUGCGGCGCUCAGGUGACGCUGUCAGAUAGCGAGGAGCUGCCUCAGUGCCUGGAAGUCUCCCAGCAGAGCUGCUUGAUGAACCACCUACCCCACGUACCCGUUAUAGGCAUCACCUGGGGUCGUGUAUCUCCGGAGCUGCUCUCUCUUGCUCCUGUAGACAUAAUUUUAGGAUCCGAUGUCUUUUUUGACCCAAAAGAUUUUGAAGAUAUUUUAACUACAAUUUACUUCUUACUGGAGAAGAAUCCACAUGCUCAGUUCUGGACUACUUACCAAGUCCGAAGUGCUGACUGGUCUAUCGAAGCUUUGCUCUACAAAUGGAAAUUGAAGAGCAUCCACAUUCCAUUACAUUCGUUCAGUGCAGACAAAGAACACUUGGCCAGCUCUCCUCUACCCAGCAGACACACCAUUGAAAUGAUGAUCAUCUCACUAGCAAGAUCAGUUGGUACUUAAGUUUAUUCCACUUGUUGGUUCCAUUACAAGAUUAUAUUCAACUUUAUCACGGAUCUGCAGGAAAUAGUCUGAUCUACAGCAAACCGCAUGUGUACGUUUUGGAAAGCAGAUCCUCAUUAGCAGUACUUCUUAAAACAUGCAUUGUAAAAAUAAAUCUGUUUAUUUGUGUAA